UCCACAGACAACAAUGAAUCCACAGACAACAACGUAUCCACAGACAACAAUGUAUCCACUGACAACAACGUAUCCACAGACAACAAUGUAUCCACAGACAACAACGGAUCCACAGACAACAACGGAUCCACAGACAACAACGGAUCCACAGACAACAAAGGAUCCACAGACAACAACGGAUCCACAGAGAACAAUGGAUCCACCGACAACAGCGUAUCCACAGACAACAACGUAUUCACCAACAACAACGGAUCCACAGAAAACAACGUAUCAUCCGACAACAGCAUGUCCAAAGACAACAACGGAUCCACAGACAACAACGGAUCCACGGACAACAACCUAUCCACCAACAACAGCGUAUCCACCAACAACAGCGUAUCCACCAACAACAAUGGAUCCAACGAGUACAACAUAUCCACGGACAUCAGCGUGUACAUUGACACCAACGUAUCUAACGACUACAACAUAUCCAUGGACAGUGACCUCUUUGAGCCAUUGUGGAACCCUACCCCAGACACAGAGCCUUCAUCUGAUGAUAUUAAUCAGGACAGUCUACCCAUCACUCCAAAUCCAAAUCAUCCUGCCACUACAUCUAAUUUACCAGACCACUGUGAGAUCUCGAUGCUGUUGGAUCCCGACCCAGCUACAGAUGGACAAAAGCAGAGGAGACCCUGGACAAAUCGCCAGUCUGUUGCAGAGCGCUAUUGUUCUGUUCUUUUAAUGCUCUUUUUCUUGUUAGUACUUUUUAUUCUACUUUGUGUUUUUUCGUCUCAUCUCAUCUGAAGAGUUCUUCAGCUGGUCUAACCCACCAAGUCAUCAAAAUAUUGAGUUAUCCAGUCAACUUCAUUCAGUUUGUAAUAAAAGUCAGUGAAGCUGAAAUGUAUCAGUGUUUUGAUGUUUUUGUAAACAUAAAGUUAGCUACACACACUAAUGACAAAUAGGUGAUGCUUUUGUACAGUGUCCUGACGCCACCACCAAAGCUUCAAAUAUCGCUACAAUUAGAGCAAUAAGGAGGAGCCAUAGGGAAAGAAUUUGGAUUUGUCAUUGGACUCUGUUUCCAACUUCUUCAGUGCCACAAGAUUUGCUGUCCUAUAGAUAAUAAAUAUAGAGUGUCAGACAUCCUAAAGGAGGCCGUCCUCUCUAAUUGUCUUUUAAUCACACUACUGACUUCUGACUGAAGUUUUCGGAUUAGUAUUUAUUUGCAGCAGGAUCUGUUAGUAAUCACAGAACACUUUAGAAAACUCUUAAUAUUGGAAUAAAAUCAUGAAAUCUCCUCAGCAAAGUGCUGUUUUCUGAUGAUACCUUAAGCCAUUCAUCAACUUUUCUGUUGUUUUUUUGUUUUUAAUUAAAUAUAUUAAUCAUCUGUUGUUGUUCAUGAUAUGAAAAGCAGGAGUCAUUUUGACUGUUUUGUAAUAUUUUGCUAAGAAAACUGCCUGUAAUGUAUCAAAGAUUAUGAUAUAUAUGUAUUAGGUGCAAUAAAUUAUAUUGAAAAUAAAACCAAAUAAUUUUUUUUUUUUUAAAUUGUUUGGAAACUUUCAAACAUUAAUGACGGACACUUGCUUUCUGCUUAAUUUAACCCUUUAAUUGCUGACUCAACUUCACGUUUUUAUAAUUCACCCACGUCAAAAGAAAAAAACUUUUGAUCACUGUUUUAUUUGAUUUAUUCUCUUUUUUUGGUGGGGUUGUUAAAGGGUUUUAAGCCAGAACAAUUCUGGCAGAUUACAUUGAAACAAAAAACUUUUUGAGUCAUAAUUAUCAUAAGAUUUGAAAACUGUUCAAGAGAAAAAAUGUGUCUUGGGUACGAAAUAAAUAAGAAAUUGACCAAACUUUUAGAAUUUUCAUUUUAUCAUUUAAACGCUUAAGCAAAAAAAAUAAAAAUAGUAAAGUUAAAUAUAACUAACUUAAUAAAAAAUAAAUAUUUACUGACCAGAAGGAAGUGUUUCUGUUUAUGAGAAUAUAGGUCAGGGUUAGUCAUUACAUAAUUAAAGUUCCGGGAUUUUUUGUCUUAAUAUUAUUAGGCUAAACUUUGAACCAAAUUUAUCUUAUCAGCUCUUUUCCUGGUUUUCCCCCUGAAGUCAGACACGCAUUCUUUUAUUUUGUCAAUAUUGCUCUUAUGCAAUCAUCCGUUUCAAGGUUUCGCUUUUAAAAUAAAGAACCAAAAGUCCCAAAAGUCACGUGCUUUAAAAAAAGAGCUUAAAAGAGCCAGACGAGUUCAGAUCAUCCAAGGAAGAGCGAGAACUCACCAUGGUGGCUCAGGGAGGUGUUUGUGUGGCCCACCGGCCAACAGAACCACUUUACAUACCGGGGGUUCAGCUGGACGUGUGGACUCCUGAUGGAGAGAAGGUUCCGGUGAACUUGACAGAAUCUGAGGAACACUUGAGGAAACUCUUUGUUCAAGAUCUCGUUCGGUUAUUACAAGCACUUCCUGGGAAUCCAGCUCAAAUAUCCCCGGAGAGUACCCUGAUGCUCCAGGGGCAGAAGCUGGAACCCAACUCCAAAUCUCUGGGGGAAUAUGGACUCCAGUCAAAGUCUUCCAUCCAGAUGGUGGUGAAGGUCCACGGAGGAUGAAUCAGAACCACCAUCAGCAGCGAGGACUUGACAAAAAUAUUCCACUACGUUAUGUUACUGCUCAAAUUAAAACUUUUUGAAAUCAUUCACUUCUUUUUAAUUAUGUGUUUAAGUUGCUUUAAAUUUGCUUUCUUUAUGUACAAAAAUGUAUGUAUAUAUUUCACUAAAUCAGAUGUAUAUUUUUGUUCUUCUUAAUAAACGAUGGAAUGCUAAACAUUAAAA